AUGUCCUUCACCCAUCCUUCUCGUGCGUCGCUGGUGCCGGGGCCACGACGCGCGAGCCCACGAUACGACGACGAGCCGCGAUCAGCUCCUCGACCAAGCUAUGAUUCAAUGGAAAGUCGGAGAAAACAACGAGACACAAUAGUCGUCAAUAUAUGGCCAACUUCGCCGAAGAGUCCUGGGCGAGAUGCGCGCGCACACAAAAAGAAGUCUAAACGCAGCCGCUCGGAGUCGAGCGAUUCGUCUGCCCGAGAAUCGAGGAAACGAGAGCGUAAACGAAGAUCUGGGAAGGAGGAUUUGGACGAUGAAUGGGUAGUCAAGGAAUCCGUAGCUGGUGUGUCGCCAAUUCCUUUGCCUGUCCUGGCGACCACCACUUCGGAUGGCGAAUCAGACUCAGACGACUGGCUUGGGCCCCAACCGCUGCCAAAGCAAGCCACCGGCUUCAGACGUAUCGACGACCGCGAAUAUGGUGGCUCUUUGCUCCGUGGUGAAGGUAGUGCAAUGGCUGCCUUCCUUCAAGAUGGGACGGAAUCACGAAUACCAAGACGAGGGGAGAUUGGACUAACAUCGGAUGAAAUUGCGCAGUUUGAGAAUGUGGGCUAUGUCAUGAGUGGCAGUCGUCAUCGUCGGAUGAAUGCCGUCCGCAUACGCAAGGAAAACCAAGUCAUUAGUGCCGAGGAAAAGCGCGGCAUUCUCAAGUUGCAGAAGGAAGAGAGGGAACGACGGGAAGCUAUUCUCCGCGAAGAAUUCAGCGAACUGGUGACAGAACGGCUGAAAUCUAGUACAACUUGA